GAAGCGUCGACUUGCUGACGGCUCAAUCGAGAUUCAUCGACGCUCUCACAAACUGACAUCCCACCCCGCCGGCCGUGUCUUUGCUACCACUUUCUUAGGGAGAGCUUUUUCUCCAUGAGCUACCUUACUUGCCACCUCGAUCUCUGCCUUCGGGGAAAUUUGGCUUCGGGGUACGACACCGCUAACCUCAAAUAUGUUUAUGUUUUCAGCCGGCGCUGCGCUUUUUUGCUCCGCGCUCGCGCAGUACCUCACCACGCGGGACGUUGAACUUGCAUCUGAGAUUCUCUGCUGGGUCAUCCUACCCGCUCUUAUUAAGCUAAAGAACCGCUAUGGGAGUACUGGAACCACGAGCAACACGCUCCUCGUCAAAACCCCUAGCGCCGUAGUCUCGACGAGGGCCUGGUUGUUUGCCCUGGGACUAGCAGCCGCUUGCUGGUACCGCGCCGAGGAACAUAUUGUCAUCCUUUUUCCGGCGUUAACGCCCCUACUUCUUCUCUCCGGUGUCGUUCCCGCCGCCUCCCUCACGACCGACUCCAAACUCUUCUGGCCGCCGGUGACGGCUCCAUGGAGUUCAGGUCUCAUCGCCGUCUUUUCCUGUCUCGUCCUAGUGAGCUCCAGCGGCACUAGGCUCCCGUCCCUGGCCGUAUGCGUUGUUGUGGUUGCUCUCCUUUAUGGAGGCUACCUCUCCAUUUCCAGGCCCGCGGCCGUUGUGGAUCGCGACGCUGGAGACCAUGGCGGCCAGGAGAGACCUGACGAUGCGGCAGAGGGCGCUCAAGUAGAAGACGUGGCAAUGCCGUUGGCGUUCCGCAUCCUGCCACUCUUGACCGUUGUGGCGUGCGCGCGGAUGUUGACUUCCAAGGAGUUGAAGGUGGCCCUUGUCAAGACGGUCGUGGCUGGAUUCGCCAAAGCCCUGAAUUGGUUUUUUACCUUGAAGACUAUUCGACAAUCAUCAUGGUGCUCUGCCAGCACCAUAGGCACCUUCGCUAUCACUUCGGCCCGCACACCUUCAUUAGGAGACCGGUCGUUCUACCUGCACGCCGCAUUUAACCUCGUCACCUCUCUUCUCGCUCUUGGCCAAACCAUCCACAUGAUUCCAAAGGGUGCUGGGCCAAGGUCACGACUAUGGGCGCUGGGUGUCCUCCCCCUGAAGCCCUUGCUCGAAAAUAUGUACCGCAUCAACGCGUCAACGAUGCUCGGCCCACGAGACGAAUAUCCCGUCGAAGUCCUUGCUCGCACUGCCGAGGCAAAGUUUGACGCCAUGUUGGCGCGGCAGUCUCGCACCUACUCCGCUGCCGUGUUGGAGUACCGGCGGCGAUACAACAUGGAGCCGCCCCCUGGUUUUGAAGCGUGGUACAGCUACGCGGUGGCUCGUGCGUCGCCAAUAAUUGACGAGUUCGACAUCAUACACGAGGCCAUCGCACCGUUUUGGAAGAUGAGCGGGAAGAAGGUCCAGGAGGUCAUGGGGGAAGCCAGUGGUGCGGCUGGCGCAGAUUUGUGGUGGUGUAUGUUCAAAGGUCAAACAGGGGAGACAAGCUGCAACCACCCGCACCGGGGUGGUACCCAUAUACAGGAGACGUUUGGGAGGUGGCUUGGGGGGUUGGCGGGAAAAAUUCCGGAUGUGGAAUUCCUGGUCAACCACCUUGACGAGCCGCGGGUGCUGCUCCCGGGGCCAGAGACGGCGAAUGACCAGCGGAUUCGACUGACGAACAUAUCUCGAAGACCCAUCUGGGAUACGCUGACCAGAAGCUGCUCCCGAAAAGUCACUAGCGCGAGCUCAGGAAUACAGGGGGCGAGCGUUGACAUCAACACGCAUGGUCUACCGUUUGUAACGGACACAGGCGCGGACAAAGACCUUUGCCAACACCCCGAGUACAGAGACAUGCACGGUAUGGCGAUGAGCCCCUGCUCGUUUAUUCUGGUGGACGGACGGGUGCCGGUGCUAACGACUGGAACGCUGACAACCGGGGGCGACGUGCUGUUCCCGAGUCCAGUGUACGGGGAGUACGGGGACGAGGGGUUUGUGUACAACGAUACGCGGGACGUGGAGUGGGCCCAGAAGCGAAACAAUUUGUAUUGGGCUGGGUCCAGCACGGGGGCAUAUGCCGGUGACGAUGGAUGGAAGAGGUAUCACCGGCAUAGGUUCGUCGCGUUGGCGCAGGGCCUGGAGACAGGGAGGGAACACUGGUACCUCCGUCGUGGGCGAGACGGCCUCUUCCACCAGGUUGCCUCGUCCUCUCUCAACCGCGACCUCUUCGACGUGGCAUUUACCGCCAUCAUUCAAUGCCGCCACGACUUGUGCGAGUCUCAGCGUGAAUAUUUCGAUGUGCGGCCCAGGGCGGAUAAGGAUGCGGCCCUAGGGUCGAAGCUAGUAUUCGAUAUAGAUGGCAACGGCAUCAGCGGGCGUUUCGUCAAACUGCUGACGUCCCACUCUGCCGUCUUGAAGCAGACGCUGCUUCGCGAGUGGCAUGACGAGCGGCUCGCCGCGUGGGUGCAUUACCUGCCCGUGAGCCAGGGUCUAGGUGAGCUCCCGGAACUGGUGAGUUGGCUGACAGGAACGGAAGAAGGGAGAAGAAGAGCGAGGUUAGUGGCGGAACGGGGGAGGGAGUGGGCCAUGAGGGCAAUGAGGCAUGAGGAUAGGGGGCUGUAUGUGUAUAGGCUGAUGUUGGAGCUGGCAAGGAUACAGGACCCAGAAAGACAAGCCACGUGAGAGUAAUCGACCUAGAAAUGACUGAGAUCUCGUCGACAUCGCCUAGAGCGGCGGGAAUUUGUACGCUUGAUACCUGUGCUGAGAUGAGUAGGUCUUUCUUUUUAUAAGUGGCUAGAUCUUCAAAAGUUGCAAGUACGGCAGGACGAGAG